GGCGCCGCCCGCGUCCCGCGCCCGACACUACCCACGCGACGCCCGUAAAAAAAACAUAAACAUAACUCAAAACAACUCCUUAUCUACAGAUUCCCACACCACGAACAUGUGCGGUUUAUUCAUCACGCAGUUAUGCCGAUAAUACGUCCCGAAAUACAGUGAAAAGUUUGUUGAGUGCGUGCACUCUAUCGCUCAACUUUACUGCAUUAACAGUCCGAUGCGUUUCGUUUAAACAUCAACAACUUGUUUACUCGGGCACAUUCGAUUGCUGUUUGUUUAUAAAUUAGAAUAUUCAGUUUGGUUUGGUGUUGGAUAUUUAGGAGGAACAGGCUUCAGCGUGACGUCACGGCCAGUGCAGCCGCUAACUAGAUUAGAUACGCUAAGCCAGCUCUGUAAACAGGCGGCGCUAACGGAACAUAUCAGAACCAUAUCUAACAAUGGACCAGUAGUUCUCAAAGUGUAGCACUAUAGUGUGACUUGUGAGUGUGUGUUCUUGUUUCGAAGUGUGUGAGUGAGAGGGAAGAUGUCGGAGCGGUUCAAGGUGACGAAGUUCGACGAGGCCAGCAAGAGCUACAAGAACUAUGGAGCCACGUCCGCGGAGGCUGACGUCGAGCUGAAGGGGAAACUUCUCACUGAUUCAGGCGACACCGACGAGCAUGGCCUACCGAAGGACAAGGACAAGGGCUGCGACACCAACCUCUACCUCUACCAUGAGGAGAUCGAGGACCGUCCGCGCGUGGCCACGUUCCUGGGCUCGCUGGCGGACUACUCCAACACGAUCCCGGCCGCGUCCGCCGCGGACACAGACGCGCCCAAGGCCGCGCCCUCCGCCCGGAUGGGCACCCUCAUCGGCGUGUUCCUGCCCUGCAUCCAGAACAUCUUCGGCGUGAUCCUGUUCAUCCGUCUCACGUGGGUCGUCGGCACGGCUGGCGCUAUAGCCGGGUUUCUGAUUGUGCUCAUCUGUUGUUGUACCACGAUGCUGACAGCCAUCUCCAUGUCGGCCAUCGCCACCAACGGCGUGGUGCCGGCGGGCGGCUCGUAUUUCAUGAUCGGGCGCUCGCUCGGGCCGGAGUGCGGCGGCGCGGUGGGCAUGCUGUUCUACACGGGCACCACGCUCGCCGCCGCCAUGUACAUCGUCGGCGCCGUCGAGAUCGUCCUGACGUACAUGGCCCCGUGGAUAUCGAUCUUCGGGGACUUUACGAAGGAUCCGGAGGCGAUGUUCAACAACUUCAGGGUGUACGGGACGGGGCUGCUGCUGGUGAUGGGCUGUGUGGUGUUCAUUGGAGUGAAGUUCGUGAACAAGUUCGCAACCGUCGCCCUCGCGUGCGUCAUCCUGUCCAUCAGUGCGGUCUACGCGGGGAUCUUCGUCAACUGGAACGGCAACGACAAGCUGCAGAUGUGCGUAUUGGGAAAGCGUUUACUGAAAGACAUCCACAUCAGCAACUGCACGAAGCAGGCUGGCGGGGAGCUGUUCAAGUUGUUCUGCCCCAACAACACCUGCGACCCGUACUUCACAGCACACAACAUCAGCGUCGUUCAAGGCAUCAAGGGCUUAGCCAGUGGAGUGUUCUUCGACAAUCUGCAAGACUCGUUCCUGGAACUCGGUCAGUACAUCGCGUACGGCAAGGAACCUGACGACAUCGAGCAGAUGGAGCGACCCACUUACAAUCAGAUCUACGCCGAUAUCACUACUUCGUUUACGCUGCUGAUUGGAAUAUUCUUCCCGUCUGUUACUGGUAUUAUGGCUGGCUCAAACCGCUCGGGAGAUUUGGCUGACGCUCAAAAGAGCAUCCCUAUCGGAACCAUCUGCGCUAUCCUGACCACUUCCACCGUGUACCUGUCGUGCGUGUUGCUGUUCGCCGGAACCGUCGACAACUUGCUGCUUCGAGACAAGUUUGGUCAAUCGAUUGGCGGUAAACUGGUGGUGGCUAACAUGGCGUGGCCGAACCAGUGGGUGAUCCUGGUGGGCUCGUUCCUGUCGACCCUGGGCGCUGGCCUGCAGUCCCUCACCGGCGCCCCGCGGCUGCUGCAAGCCAUCGCUAAAGACGAGAUUAUUCCCUUCCUUGCGCCUUUCGCUGUGUCUUCCAGCAGGGGAGAACCCACAAGGGCUCUCCUGCUUACGAUGCUGAUCUGCCAGUGCGGCAUCCUGCUGGGCAACGUGGACAUUCUGGCGCCGCUGCUGUCCAUGUUCUUCCUCAUGUGCUACGGCUUCGUGAACCUGGCGUGCGCUCUGCAGACCUUGUUGAAGACCCCCAACUGGCGGCCCCGCUUCAAGUAUUACCAUUGGUCUCUGUCCCUGAUUGGUCUGGUCCUGUGCAUCUCCAUCAUGUUCAUGACGUCAUGGUUCUACGCCCUCAUCGCCAUGGGCAUGGCCGGGCUCAUCUACAAGUACAUUGAAUAUCGCGGAGCGGAGAAGGAAUGGGGUGACGGUCUCCGCGGUCUAGCCCUGUCAGCCGCGCGCUACUCGCUGCUGCGUCUGGAAGAAGGUCCUCCACACACCAAGAACUGGCGCCCGCAGGUGCUGGUGCUCGCCAAGCUGAAUGAUGAUCUCACCCCGAAGUACCGCAAGAUGCUGUCGUUUGCUAGUCAACUUAAAGCAGGCAAAGGUCUGACGGUAUGCGUAUCUGUACUCGGCGGCGACUUCACGCGGCUGGCGGGCGAGGCGUCCACGGCGAAGCAGAACCUGCGCCGCUGCAUGGAGGAGGAGAAGGUCAAGGGCUUCGUCGAUGUGCUCGUCUCUCAUAGCAUCGCUGAUGGAUUGAGCCACUUCGUGCAAACGACCGGCCUCGGCGGGCUCAAGCCGAACACGGUGAUCGUGGGCUGGCCGUACGGCUGGCGGCAGUCGGAGGACGACCGCACCUGGCACGUGUUCCUACACACCGUGCGCGCCGUCACCGCGUCUCGCAUGGCCAUGCUCGUUCCCAAGGGCAUCAACUUCUUCCCUGACUCUAGCGAGAAGGUAUCUGGCAACAUCGACAUCUGGUGGAUCGUGCACGACGGCGGCAUGCUCAUGCUGCUGCCCUUCCUGCUGAAGCAGCACCGCUCGUGGAAGAACUGCAAGAUGCGCAUCUUCACCGUGGCGCAGAUGGAGGACAACUCCAUCCAGAUGAAGAAGGACCUCAAGAUGUUCCUCUACCAGCUGCGGAUUGAGGCCGAGGUUGAGGUUGUGGAGAUGACGGACAGUGACAUUUCGGCGUACACCUACGAACGGACUUUGAUGAUGGAACAACGUAACCAGAUGCUCAAAGAACUUCGACUUAACAAGAAGGAAGCCCUUGGAAUGAAUUUGGUGGACUAUAAUGAACACAAUGCUGAGGAGAAGUUGCCCCUGGUGCAAGCUAUCGUUGACCAUCACCACGCUGACGUUAAGACAGCUAGCAAAGUCCGUUUUGCUGAGCCUGGCUCUGGAGACGCCGUCCCUACUGGAAACCAUGCUGAUGACGCACCUUCUCCCCCUCUCACCGACCCUGAAGAGAAAGAAAGAGACGACAAGGACGACUUUCGAAGUAGCUUGUUGCACAUAAUCGAUUCAUUGUGGGACUCCCCCGAUGAACAGUCACAGUGCGACGGAGCGCCCUCACCGCUGCCCGACGACAACGCCAAAGAGAAUAACGCCAACGGGGACGUCAAGCCGAAGCCUAACGUCACUAGCAUUACACCAGACGAGGGAACUGUGAGGCGCAUGCACACAGCGGUGAAGCUGAACGAAGUGAUCGUGUCGCGGUCGCACGACGCACAACUAGUGAUACUGAACCUGCCCGGCCCGCCUCGCGACACCAAGCUGGAACGAGAGUCCAACUACAUGGAGUUCCUGGAGGUACUGACCGAGGGUCUGGAGAAGGUGCUGAUGGUGCGAGGUGGCGGUCGAGAGGUCAUCACCAUCUACUCGUGAACACGCUGCCUCCAACCACACCAUACUAUGGCAAUAUUAAUUUUACUAGAUGCGAUUCUAUCGAACUUCAGUGGGGCGGCACGGCGCCUAUGUGCUCUACUAAUAUGAUCUUUGUGAUUCUAACUAUUAGUGAUCUUUUUUGGUUGAAGUGUGAUCGAAACGUUUCGUGUGUCGUUAAUAGUUAUUUAAAAAUCGCAUAAUUGAUUCCGUUAGAAAGACUGUUAUAUGGACAUGAGUUGACGUUUGUUUCGUAUUGUAAGAGUUCUUACGAACGGCGUUGUGUUAAUUAAUAAAAAUAUUAGCUUAGGUUUUGUUAAUAUUGCUAUGUAGAGUAAUACCGUAUUAGUACUAUUGUUCUGUAUAUUGUUUACUCGCUGUUAUAUAGUAAGUUAUCAUUUUUAUACACCAUCUUUCGUGUAUAAUACUUAAAAAUACGUUCAAAUCAAUUUAAAAUGCCAUAUUAAAUAAGUUUGAUUAUUUAUUUUUUAAAACUUUAAAGUAAAUCAAGUUAUAGAUAUAGAAAUCUUAAGUUGACAUGUUUUUAAUUUUUGUAUUAUGCCAAUGGGUAGGUGAACCUACAGUAUUUUCAAAAAUCGUAGAUAGUUAAGAAAUACAAAUGUUUAUUAUUGACGAAAAUCUAAGAUUUUUAUCUUAUAUAUUUUGUAAAUAACUAUUCUGUUCUAAGGUUUAUACAUCUGCUCAAGUAUAAAAUACCGUGGACUGAGAUUUUUUUUCACAUUGGCGUGUAGAUUUAUUAAUAAAAAUAUUUCCCGUCUAGUCACUUCUUACUUUGACCAAUAACGACAAAAAUCCAAAAAAAACCUUCGUGUGUUAUGGACAUCCUAUUUUGGAUCCUUCUGGUGUCCGUAGCUAGGCCGUGCUCCUACUCUCACUUCCUAAGAAGCAUAUAAAUGUGCUAAUAUUUUCCCCUCUAGUGGACUUACCUACGAUAAGUAGCUAAAUUAAUGUAACGUUAAUUACUUGUCUUACAUUUAUAAAAAUUGUACGCACAUUCGCGUAGAUUGUAUCUUACUGUGAUCAGAGGUAUUUCAUCUGAGCUUACGUAUGUUUUAUAAAGGCAUCACGACACCAAAAACAACUAGGCAAAUAGGUUAUAGGUACUUACUAUAUGAAUAGCUUUUACUACCAGCCCUUACAUCCAUCAACGGGCCAGCCCACCGUUCAUACUAGAGCGACGACAAGUUUAUUGAGUCACCGUUUCUAUCAUUUUCAACAUCCCGGUGUCAUGAUAUGAAAUUAUUAAGUACAAAACCUAAUAACAUGGUGCUUGUCGUAGCCAAUGCUAGUCACUCAACACCCGGAUAACAUUUCUAUAUUUUUAUUUCCAUGACACCAUCAAUUCUAUAAUUAAAUUAAAGCGAUAGCUAACUGCCAAAUAAAAUCGAUGUUAUAAAAUAUCUGUAAGUUAUACCUAAUGUAAUUCCUAAUUAAUAUUUCAUAGUUCAAAUUUCAUAAAACAUAAUUAGAUACUUAAACAGAUGCCUAGUUUUAAGGAAACUCUAGUGCAUGAUAAUAUCUUUUAUGGUCAAUAGUUAUAACAUUACCUACGUAAAGAAUAAUAGCGAUCCGUUUUAAAACUCUAAUUGUGUAUGAUUGACUUCAUAGUACUUAGAUACACCGGAUAACAAAAUAACCAGAAUAUAUUUUAUUGUUAACCUUUAAUAUUCCUUUACAUAAUAUACCUACUUACUUACUUUUAUUUGUUUCCAGAUCCACAUCUGUAUUUAAUGUUUAACUUAAUGUAAUCACAUAAAUCCCUAAAUGAAUCAAGCGAACGUUCUAGAGAAAUAUUUAUAACCGAAAGAUUUACUCACGUAACUACUUAAAUAAAGUUUUUAAUGUUAAAUUAAAUACCUUCAUAAAAGUAUAAGUACUAAAUUAGUUCAAUCAAAUAAAGUCGUAUUUAAAUAUAUAUUCAAAUUGCGACCACGCAACAAAAAUUACAGAGUCUAUCUACUUAAUUAAAUUAAGUCUAAAUCAAUUUAUUUACCUACAAAUUAUAACAAAUCUAUCUUUGAAAGAGUAUUUACAUAAAUAUAAUAGGUAAAUGUAUCUUAUGGCGAUGGUGUAUCUACCUACACAAUAAACUCUUUAUCACUUGGUGAUAGGAACAUAUCUUCCGUUUGAAAUAAAAUAGCUAUCUUUUAUUUAAGAAAAUCCAUAAGAAUCUUAUUAAUUAUUCCAUUUAUUCAGUGAUACCAGCUUACCUAACAACCGAGUUGCGAUGAACCUAUAUGAUAAAUAUAGAUAUAUCAGAUUGGUAACUAGUACUAUAUUAUGUCAAUGGUUGGUAAUUGAAAUUGUAAAACCUGGAAAAUGACUAUGUAAUGCAGGUAAUCACGAUGGCCUAAAUUCAAAUAAAUGUCAAUUGAAUUACUUACUCUUUAAUCACGAUCACGACACACUCAUAUUUACCUACUCAAUAGACAGACGCCAGCAAUAGGUAUACCUACUGUACCCGAUUACUGAAACUAACUCACUUAAACAAUUUAAUAACCUUUGGCAGAAGGUUAAUUCUAAAGAUGUGCCAAACCUCAUGUCUGGAGGCAGUCGUCCCUUUAAUGAUUAUUACAGUAGAAUUCAUUUUCAGUGUAACAUUGUAUUCUGUACCUUUAACAGAAGUAUGUAAGUACUAUCGGGGAAUAGGCCGCUCUCCUAUACUAAGUACAUUCAAUAUUAGAACCACAUAAUGGUCUACCGCGAAGUACCUUCAAAUACACAUGCGGAUACGAUAUCUAGCCAGCAUGGUUCCCCGACAGUACCUAUCUAUACCUUAUAAACCAUAAACUACCGUAGCAGAGCAAAGUUGUGUGUUAGCAGUAAUAUAGACGUAAAAUUUCUAAAACAUGCACAUAGGUACUUCUAAUAGGUAGUUUUCUAAUCGUGUUCGUAAUUUCAACUAACAUUAGCCUUAUUCGGAAACAUUAUGUACCUAUGUAGAUGUAAUAUUGUCGUGUGGCGAUGACGGAUAAAAUUAUUGGUACCUAGGUACUCUAAAUAAAUAUUAGAUUAGGCUGUGAGUCAGCGUAACACGUCUUUACAACUUUAUAUGCAGGCUAGAGUUGCUGUGAUACAUCUUUGUGGCUGUUAAUUAUAGUCUCCGAAGACUAUAGGUUAUCAAAGACGCCAAUCGAUAAUUAUAUUAACUACUUACAUUAAAUUUUAUUGCCAUAUUUAUCUGUGAUUUCACUGAUGUGUAGCUGCACCUCCACUCAAAUCAAUCAGUUUUUACCUUGUAUGUACUUUGUACCCAGUGUGACAUACAGGCCUGAAAAUAUUUAAAAUACAUUCACAUACAUAAAACAUACAGUUUACUUGUAUAAACUGGGGCUGUUUCUGUUCUAGUCAGAAUGAUAUAUGAAGGUAUAUUUUCCUAGGGACUACCUAUAUCAUCAUGUAUGUGUCCCAUUUAAACCUACUCCAUUAUCGUUUGUUGUCAACUAAAUCUACCUUUGAGCUAAUUAUUACAUAUUUGACUCAGUGUCUAUCUGCACUGAAAUGCACUACAACCCGCAAUGAAAACAAUCUAGGUAACCACAACAUCUACAUAGACAUAGCUCUAUUUUGCUGAAUAGGUACAUGAGCAAUCAGCAGUAAACCCCUCUCGUCAAAAAUAUUACUAAAAUCAGCUAUAGGACUUUCAAUACCUAUAUAUGAUUGUGUGGACUAAUUACCGAGCACACCCUAUGUUCGUCUAUGAGUAAAUUGUCAUCAUCCAAUGGAAUACCAGCAGCCCCGUACCUACCUACCCUAUGAAAACUUUAUUCUCGGCUCGUAUUUAUAUAACUUGUAAAAGUUCUAUUCUGGAUCGAGUUUUAAUAGAAACAUUUUCGAAAUGUAAAAUUGUUUAAGAUAAUAAUUUUAGAAAUUAGUAACUGAGUUAAUUUAAGAAAAGUUAUAAUAAAUGUUAUAAUGAGUAUAAUAAAAUUAAUUAAUUAUGAAAA